AUGGGCAAGGGUGGGGCCGUGGGUGGGCGGGACCGCGUGGGUGGGGGAGGAAGUAGCACAACGGCGCGGGCUCACUCACUAAGCCAUCCCCGCCCACCAUACCACGCCCGCCCGCCGUGUGGUGCGCAGGAGGCGGUGAAGUGCAUGCGGCACAGCCGGCGCACCACCCUCACCACGGCGGACAUCGCGGCCGCCCUCAGCCUGCGGAACGUCGAGCCGCUGUUUGGGCUGGCAGCGGCGGACAGCGUGCGGUUCCGGCGGGCAGUGGGGCACAGCGACGUCGUCUUCCUGCACGACCCCACGCUGCCGCUCUCCCAGGCAAGACCUUUCUCGGAGGUGUGGGAGCACGUGACGAAGGUUACAUCUCCUAGCGGCGUAGUCACCGCGACAUGCAGCUAUUGCCCUGCUACCGUGACCCCAAAUGCCACUCGUAUUAGAGAGCACAUCUACGGGACCCCUCGUUCAAGGGAGAAGAACGUGACGCCGUGUCCGUCCGAGUUUGCCAAGCGGCUUCGUGAAGCCGCCGAGAGGGAUCGGUCUUCCACACCCUCCAGUUCCAACCGUGCCUCUACCUCCACCACGGUCGAGACGCAGCCCGCAAGGCGUUCUAGGCAGCGGGACAUCCGCGAUAUGGCGGAUACCGUUGCCUGCGCGCGUUUGGACUACCUGUGGGCGGCAGUUGUGGCAGAGAAUGAUCUAGCCUUCAACGUCUCCAAAUCGCGUGCGCUACAAGCCUUCGUUGACGCGGCGGUCGUGUUCGCGAAGCCCUACACACUCCCAACCCCUUACAAGGUGUCCGGCUCUCUCCUCGACAAGCUAAGGGCGGACGCCGAGGAGCUUGUAAGGCCAUUGAAGGAGAGUUGGAAGACGACCGGGUGCAGUCUCUCGGUGGACGGGUGGACGUGCAUGAAGUCCCGCGGGAUUGUGUGCGUCAUCGCCCACAACGACACCGCGCCCGUCAUUGUGGACAUUGUCGACUCGAAAACCGCUAAGAAAACUGGAGACUACCUCGCGGGUCUCAUCGGGAACUCGAUCUCCGAAGUGGGGAAGGACCUCGUGGUCCAGGUCAUCAUGGACAAUGCGUCUAACAACCGAUCCGCGGCUGAGAAGCUUAAGGAGGAGUUUCCCUCGGUUUUUUUCGCCAACUGCGCCGCCCACUGCUUGGAUCUUAUGCUUCACGACCUAGGGAAAGUUGGGCCCGUCAAACGCGUGUUAGAGCAAGUGCAUCGAGUCGUCAUGAUGAUCAAGGGUAGUGCCUCCGCCGUCGUUCUAUUCCGCGAGCUCUUUACCAAGCUUUCAUUGGUGCGGCCGGGUGCGACACGGUUCGGCACUCAAGUCAUCAUGAUACGCCGCUUCUUGGAGGUGAAGGGGGCACUCCAGGCCAUGGUCAUCAGCGAUGAAUGGAAAGGGGUGGCGGUGGCGCAAAAGGCUGAAGGGCAGGAGGUGCGGGCGCUUCUUCUUGACGACGUCUUUUGGGACUGUGUUACUGCGGUGCUCCGCCUCCUCACGCCGGUUUAUGAAGUGCUAAGGGUGGUUGACACGCGGGCACAAGUCAUGGGCCAAAUCUAUGGCCUCAUGAUUGAUAUCACGGUCAAGACACGGGAAGCUGCAGAGGCCGCCGCCUCGGUAUUCAUCAAGAAGACGGGCCUGCUCUUGGCCAAGGACAAGAGCACUUUCAUGGCAUCCAUCAAGGGCAUCCUUGCCCAGCGAUGGGACGGGCAACUCCACAACCCCCUGCAUGCCCUGGGAUGGCUUCUUAAUCCCCGCAACCAGUACGCGGGGGAGCGCAUCAAGCUGCAGACACAGCUGGUGCAGUUCCAUAAGGGUGAGGGCCGCCUCGGGUCGGAUGAUGCGCUAUGGGCAGCCAAGACCUUGGUGGAGGGGGGGCGCAUGACGGAUGCGGAGUGGUGGUGGAUUUUCGGUGGGGAAGUGCAAGCGCUCCAAGAACUGGCUGUCACGACCCUAUCACAGCCCGUCACCUCGUCCGAGGUGGAGCGGUACUUUUCCGCCCUUGCACGAGUGCAAAGGCGGGAUCGGAACCGCAUCGCGGCCAAGAAGAUGACUGAUGUCACCUUCGUGGCCUUCACCAGGAGGGCCCGCGAUGCGUUUGAUCGCAAAACUCAGACGCGUGCGAAGUUGUACGCUGAUCUCACCGACGGAACCCUCAAAGAGGGCAUUCCCGUGCCCCCGCCCGCAACAGUGGAAGAGGAUGAAGGUGGGGCUGAAGAGGAGGAGGGAGCCGAGGUGGCAGAGUGCACCAUCGACUGGACUGUAUUUGGGAGCAUUGGUAAGAAGAAGAAGAAGAAGCGCGCGGGAGAGAGCUCCAAGAGGAAGAGGAAGGAGAAGGGAAAGGGGCCAUGCAAGCGGAAGGGGAGAGGAAAGAAGCGUGUGGUGGAGGAGGAGGAGGAGGAGGAGGAGGAGGAGGAGGAGGAGGAGGAGGAGGAGGAGGAGGAGGAGGUGGAGGAGGAGGAGGAGGAGGAGGAGGAGGAGGAGGAGGAGGAGGAGGAGGAGGAGGAGGCGGCAGAGAGCAAUGGGCGGGAGGUAGGACCCUCCAAGCGUCCUAAGGCAGUCUGGCCGUGGGACUGCAGUGAUGGUGAGAGUGGGGAGGAGGAGGAGGAUGAGGAGGAGGAGGAGGAGGAGGAGGAGGAGGAGGAGGAGGACGACGAGGAGGAGGAAGGGUAG